AUGGAGAUCUGCGUGCAAGCGAUCCUCCCCCCCAAUGGUACCAUCGCACCUGACAAUGAGCUUGUGAGAAACAAUAUCUCGCCGCAAGAUACCCCUGUGCAUGUUACCAGUGAUGUUGCCACGACCCCUACAAGCCUCUACCUGUAUAUCUUCAGACCUUCAGAUCGGGGCAGAAUCGCAAGUCUCAUUCGGCACCAUUUCCAAGUUGAAAUAUUCACUCAGAGUCGUACAUACGAUGAACUUAAAGACGUUGGCUUGCAUACCACCUACCCAGUAGCCGACGCAUAUUUGAUCAAUUUCAAUCACGCUUCGGGCCCAGACGGGCAACAUGGUCCACAGCGAGAUCUUGUGAAAGUCGAAGUCAUUAGUGAAUCGCCGUGGAAUCUGAAAUUCGAUCCAUAUCUUGGCGAGUCUCGUUACCUCGAUAUCUGGAAAUACUGGCAAACCCGGACCGAUGCUAUUAGCGAUAUGCAUUCUUCGCAGACAAGGGGAAGCCUGGAAGAUAUCAAUUAUGUGCUCAGACAAUGUUUGCCUGGGGGAAAUGACCCCUGUCAUUGGCAUUACAAAAAGAUAUCCCGCUCAGAUGAGAUUCUGGAGAUGUUCUUGAAGGCUCAUAAUCGUUAUUCUCCUAAGGAUUUGAUCUCUAUGGUUCAGGAUCAUCUCGUGUCUGUACUUGAGAGUACUUAUUCGAAUGUCGAAAAAGAAUAUGGCGUGGAAUGCUUGCCCCUUGGCAUCUUCAUCAUCGAUCGUCUGCUGCUCGAGGAAAGCAAAACCGAAAUAAAAGAUCGGGGCAUCGGUUCCGCUGAUGAUAGUAUCCAUGAGGCCAAAAACAAAUCGGAAGCUUACCUAUAUAAGCUUCAAGUAAUUUUCAGCGCCAUGGCAUGGCUUGGGGAGUUGUUUGAUUCGGAAUGUUUCACGCAAAUUUUCGCCGAUUUGAAGGAAACAAUUCCACGAGAAAGAGUCAAAAAGCGUUUUGAGUGGCUUGCGAUGCCCAAGCAAGCAGCUUGUCUUUCCAAUGGAAUACCGCUGCAAGAACCAGAAGCGAACGAUGUAAAGACCCUCAACUGGCUUUGGGACUGGCUUCAUCAACAGAACUAUCGCCAAGUCAAGUUUGCUUUGGCGAUCUCUAAGAGCGGCUUGAUCAGAGAGAGGAAAGAUGCAAUCGAUUUUAUAAAAGACCUGUCUAUUGUGUACCUCUCAAUGCCCACUGGUACUAGUACUAGUAGGGAUCAGCCUGAGAUUUCGUAUCAGAUCGCUGGGCACUAG